AUGAAGCGCCUCCUCAAUCUCCUGGGCUACCUCGUGAGCGACCUCACACAAAACGAGCUCGCGGCGCGCGGCGCGUGCCGGUGCCACAAGUUCCGGAGCGGCGGCUUCGGCAUGGAGUUGCACACCUACGGCCAGGCCCUCUGGAACGCGAAGAACGCCACGGGGGGAAACGCGUGCGUCGCCGUGUCCCGGAAUUGGAUCUGGGAUCCGGACGAGACUUUAUUUGAUUUGCCGCGCGACAAGUCCUGUGCGAAGCACCUCGUGAGUUGGAAGGGCAAGCACGGUCCGAAAGGCUGGGGCGUCGACAAGCGGCUGCGGCGCGCCGCGACGACGCAGUACUUGAUGGCGCACAUGAAUUCAUCGAUCUACGCGGAUGCAAUGAAGACGGCGGCCUACCGCGCCUUCACGGGAAGCGCGAGGCGCGUCGUGAGCGUGCACGUGCGCUGGGGCGACAAGGGCCGCGAGAUGGCGUUGAGGCCCAUCGAUGAAUACGUCGAGGCAGUUAAAAAUGUAACGAAGUACAGCGGCGAGGCCCUGGACGUGUUCCUGACGACGGAGGACGCCAAGGCCGUCGCCGCUUUUAGGAAGGCGGUGCCUCGCAAUUGGAAUGUCGUCGUCUACGAGGCGGCGGUGUCCUCCGACAAAGUCCUGUACGGCCGCCACGGGAUGGCGGACCAGGCGCGGAACCACCGCGAGUCGGGCUACCACUCGCUGGUCGCGCUCGUGCUGGCCAUGCAGGCCGACGCGUUCGUGAUCACGUCGGGCUCGAACUGGUCGCGGCUCAUGGAGGAGCUCUGCCUCGGGCGCGACCUGGAGCCGCGCUGCGCGAUGGUCGACGUGACGCCGUGGCGGCCGCACGACUGGUAG